AUGUCGAAUUCAUCCAACAUUGGCGGCAAGUCCUCAUCGACUCAACCCUCCGCCGCCCACGCCGCCCCUCCCUUCUCCCCGGCUGCACCGUCGAGUUUCGACUCCAACCGUCGUCCCUCCCAGAGCAGUCAGUCAAUCCAAAUCGCCGCGCCCAGGAAGGGACAGGGGCAGCGUAAACAGCAUAGGAACCAGAAAAGAGCCGGCUCAUACAGGGAGGACGAGGACGAGAUGGACGAGAUAAGGGCGAUCCGCAACGCCUCCAGUCGCCGUGGCCAGACCUCCAUCACCCAUUUGCUGAACUAUUCCUCGCCCCGGCCCCGCUUCGAGAACCACCACACGUCCUACAAUCGGAACUAUCGCCGCAAUCCGACCUGGGGUCCGGGGUCCGGGUACCACACCGCCGAUAAGGCCCGCUAUGUGCAUGCCAACUACCGCUUUAUUGUCUCGCCCAAGGGAAACUACUCGAAGCAGGCUGUUGAUGCGGACGAGCAUCUCGACUGGGCCGAUGUGCUCCAGGUCUUGGCUUCUGCCGAGUCACAGGCCGCAUCAUGCCCGAUCUGCCUCUCUGAGCCUGUGGCGCCUCGGAUGGCAACAUGCGGCCAUAUAUUCUGCUUGCCCUGUCUGAUUCGAUUUAUGCAUUCGACCUCCAGCGAGGAAGCCAGCGCGCAUGAGAAGAAGGCAAGGUGGAGGAAGUGUCCCAUUUGCGACGACAGUGUACAAGUGUCUGAAGUACGCCCAGUGCGCUUCUAUGCGGGCCAGGAAAGCCCUCUGCCGCGGCCCGGUGACGAUGUCGUUCUCCGACUCAUGAUGCGAUAUGAUAAGUCAACGCUCGCAUUACCCAAGGAAGGCGGGGCAGAGGUCCUGAGCUCCGGGGACGAGAUCCCUUGGCACUUCGCAGCAAACGUUCUGGAUUAUGCUCGCAUCAUGCGUGGCACAACCGACUACAUGACGGAGCAAUAUAACAACGAGAUCGAACAACUGACCAAGCAAGAGAAAGAGGACGAGCUGCUUUUCAACGAGGACGGUGAGUGGACGCAGCGAGCAGUCAAGGCGAUCGAAGCUGCCAAGGACAAAGUCAAGGACCUCGGAGAAGUUGAAGUCGCCAUAGCGGAAGCGUCUAAGACUUCAAGCUCCAGCAAGCAAGCACAGUCGGAGCACGAGUUCUACUUCUACACAUCGCCUCCGCAUCUCUACCUCUCGCCUUUGGAUAUUCGGAUUCUCAAGACAAAGUAUGGCUCGUUCUCACAGUUUCCGUCCACGCUUUUGCCGAGGGUCGAGCACAUUUCGACGGGCAACACGCUUGACGACGCACUACGAAAGCGCGCAAAGUACCUCGGCCACAUUCCGCGUGGAUGUCUCAUUUCCUUCCUGGAGUGUGACUGGACCGAUAUUGUCCCAAACGAGGUUCUGGAUAACUUCAAAGAUGAGAUCGAGCGGCGGCGGAAGCGUAAUCGUGACAAGGAGGCACAAGAAGAACGUGAACGUCUUCAGGCAGAACGCCUGGAGUCUGCUGCAUAUCGUCGCGGACCGGGCAGGACCGUCCUAAGCGCUGUGGACGAGAGCUUCACCAUGCGUUAUAGCGACGAGGGAAACUCUGAUCGCCUGAAUAUGGACGAUUUCCAACCACUUGGCACAGCAAGUACGACACCUCCUAACCCUCGACAUGGCUUCACCCCGCUCGCGUCAAUGUCCACCAGUCCCUCAACGCAGAGGACAAUAUGGGGCACACCGGCCAUCCCACCCUCUCCCACAGCAGGCCCGACCGAGCCAGCAGCAGAUGUGGAUGAUGGAUGGCUCAAGAACGAACAGUUCCUGGACUCACUUGGAGCAGCAGAGGUGGCUGUUCAGAUGGAGGCAUUGGGCGUGGAGAACGCAACGCCAGAGGGGACGUCCGGGGGCAACAGUGGAGGCAAGAAGAAAAAGAAACAGAAACAGAAAAUCACCUUGAUGAGCACUGGUGGCAAGAGAGGCAACUAG